CAGUAUACUGCAGUUUGAAAAUGCUGUGUUACUUCCUCUUCCUCCUCGCUUUAUUCCUUGUCAGGUCUCCGCUCCUUGAUGUCAUUCGGUUUCCUGGGGGUUUCGGGGCUGUGAGUGUGAGUGUGUCUGUGAGUGAGUGUGUGUGAGUGUGAGUGUGUCUGUGAGUGAGUGUGUGUGAGUGUGAGUGUGUCUGUGAGUGAGUGUGUGAGAGAGUGAGUGAGUGUGUGAGUGAGGUGCCGCGAAACUGGCAGCAGACUGAGCUGGUAAACCCAGCCUGGCACCGGGAGCGACUCCGGGACCCCGGGACCCGCUUCUGGCAGCGAUCAGUGAAUCUCGGUGUCUGUGUCUGCCGGGGGAUCCGGAACCCAGCGCUCGGUGAGUCCGUCAUUAGCGUCUAAAUUCCGGCCCCGAGACAAAAGGAAACGGGAAGCGAAAGCAGAAACAGAAAAAUACAUCAGCCUGUGGGGAAGGUGAACAGUUCCGGGAAUCACUGAAGCAGCUGCUCAUAACCUGCAAAGUCAACAGUAACAUCUUCAACGAAUAUAACUCAGGCAGAGAGAGAGUGGGAACGUGAAGGUGGAAAACUGAACCAGGCAAGAGGUGCGUUGUUGGGUACUGAGGAUGGGGAAGCAGAACAGCAAGCUGCGUCCCGAAGUGCUGCAGGAUUUACGGGAAAACACAGAGUUCACAGAGAAUGAGAUCCAGGAAUGGUAUAAGGGAUUUGUGAAGGACUGCCCCAGCGGGUACCUGACAAUGGACGAGUUCAAAAAGCUCUAUGGCAACUUCUUUCCCUAUGGUGACGCCUCCAAGUUCGCAGAGCACGUCUUUCGCACCUUCGACACCAACGGAGACGGCACGAUAGACUUCCGCGAGUUCAUCAUCGCGCUGAGUGUGACCUCCAGAGGGGGCUUGGAGCAGAAGCUGAAGUGGGCGUUUAAUAUGUAUGAUGUUGAUGGAAAUGGUUAUAUCAGCAAAUCUGAGAUGCUGGAGAUUGUCCAGGCCAUCUAUAAGAUGGUUUCAUCGGUGAUGAAGUUGUCUGAGGAUGAAGCUACCCCAGAGAAAAGAACAGAAAAAAUCUUCCGACAGAUGGACACCAAUGCAGAUGGCCGACUUUCUCUAGAAGAGUUCAUCAACGGAGCAAAAAAGGACCCAUCCAUUGUCCGCCUCUUGCAAUGUGACCCCAGCACCGCGGGGCAGUUCUGAGACGCUGCCCAGGACACAGAUUCGGGUUACCCCAUGCCAUUUCCGUCACUGGCAACCCAAAAGUGGACCGGCAAAAACACAGGUGGAAAGUAAAUCUGUGCUCGGGCAAACAGAACACUGGUGUCUGCCAAAACUGAGCAUCCUUCCAAGUGUUGAAGAAACUGCAUGAAGAAACAGAUUUCUGACUUAUAGUACAGUAAAUGAGUUCUAAAUGUGUAAAUGUGCCAAUAUAAGGGGAGCUGAACUGGUCAUCCAACAGUUAAUGCCAUCACAUUUUAAUUUGUGCCAAGCACUGUUGUGGGUAUAGUGUAACUAGACAACAGAACAAAAGAGAGUAUGUUUUAUUAGAUUUGUCUCUCCCAUUGUUUGCUUUUUACAGGUGAAAUGUGUCUUUUUUUAUUUUAACCGCGCUGAGUUACAGCUCAUACUUAAUGAAACCAGGGAGAAUGAGGACCAAACUCUGGUGGAUUAAUGUUUACAUUUGUGCUUCAUGGGCAUGAAAACGCCGUUAGGUUCAUACAUGCUUCUCCCCAUCUUCGGCCCAUUCCAUAUCCGUGCAUCAACUUUCCCUCAUCCUACCCCAUACCUCCAGGAAUCACCCAAUAAAUGUAUCGCCCGUUGCAUAGAGCCCUGUGAAACAUUUCAGCUCACCCCUCUUUGGGGCGCACAGAACCCCAAACCUGUAAAUAUCCCCUAAAAUGAUUCACUCCCACCUUUCCAAAUGAUGUGUUUUCAUUUGUCACCUUUCUGAUGGACUGUGAAAAAAUAAAAAUCUGUGUUUGCUCUGGAGUGCUCCUCUACAGGUGUACUUUCACUGGGGUAAGUAAAAGUUCAAGAGCUCCAGCCUAACCUCCUACACAGUAACAUGGGUGACUCUGGAGCUAUUGUUCUCCAUCACCUCAAAAACACCAUCUACUGUAAUGUCCCAAUCUGUAACAAUCUUAAAUACUGGCUCAGGUCCACUCAACAUCUCUCCUGUGCGUACAAAUUCAUAUCAUACAAAGGAUAUCUUCACAGUUCACUGCUAUCAAUUUCUCUGCACUUUCUCCAAGUAACAUCUAUCUCCAGUUUGCCCAAGAUAUGUUGAAUGAUGAGUUAUCUUCCAUGGCCUAAUUAUUGUGGUUCCUAGUUUUGUAAUGAGUGGACAUGGCAAAACAGCCCAGGACCCUGUCUGCCUUGACUUUGGCAUCUUGAAAAUAAUGCUACUUACUAUCAUCUUGCCCACCUCAAAGGGUAAAUUCAUUGGUAUCUGGUUCCCUGAUCUUGAACCAAGGGACUGCAUGUGUGUUCCUACAGGUAUCUCACGCUACCCCACUUCUCAGUAAGCUUUUCCAAAUAUCUUCCACAGCAUCAUGCAAAAUAUCUACAUUUUUUUCAACAUUAUUUCUGUCCUCAUGUCUUUAUUUUUCUAUACUUUGACCUACCAAGUUGCCCUCUUGGAGAAAAGCUGAGAUUUUCCCUGGGUCCUAGUCCAAUCUACUGGACAAGGGGCAGAUCCAACAUUCUCACAGUUGAUCACAAAUAAAGUAUCUUUGCCUCUA